UUGAAGGUGCAUCAUCUUUAGAAGCCACAGCUCACUUCAAGAUGCAUCACAUCUCCGUGGUCCUGCUAUGUCUGCUGAUUGUAACACUGGGGCCCCAAGAUGGAUUCAGCAGGAGUUUGGUUGACUCAAAGCCCACUUGCUGCUUUGACUUCAUGAGGAGGAGCCUUCCACACCAUCUCAUCAAAACCCAUAGUGUCACUAGCCCUUCCUGCCCCUACAAGGCUGUGCUGUUUACCCUGAAGAAGGGCAAAAUAUACUGUGCACAUUAUGAAGACAAAUGGGUUCAGAAAUACUUGAAUAAAAGGAAUACUGAAAAUGAUACUAGAUCAAUUUAA